AUGCCACAACCAAACUUCUGUACAUCUGGAUUCCCAUGCAAGACCUGCCCUGGCCCCUCACAGACUGUGAAAAAUCUUUGUACUGGAAGUAGAGAUACGGAAUGCAAAUGUGCUAAAGAUUAUUACCUGGUUAACCAUGAAGCAGAUGUAUGUCAUCCGCUACCUCGAUGUAACAAGGGAUUCGAACCCCGACCUGGAGCUGGUACUGAGGAUGGCGCUGAGAAGAUCUGCCAAAACUGUGGAGAUGGCUUCUACCAGCCAAAAGACAACAGCACAGACCUCUGCAGGAAGUUCACAAACUGCAUCACAACUCCUGGUACGGACGUGAGUGACAACAUUUGUAAGGGGGACCCACAGUCAUCAGGUUUACCAGCAACAUCACCUAACGAAAAUGCUGCAUCAGUUCUACUUACUAAGGCUUCCAUUGGGCCUAAUAGUCCAACGCCAGAAGGGACCAAAGGUUCCCCUGAUCAAACAGGGCCUACCAGUCCAACGCUAGAAGGGACCACAGAUUCCCCUAAUCAAACGGGGCCUACCAGUCCAACGCUAGAAGGGACCACAGAUUCCCCUAAUCAAACAGCCUAA